AUGAACACCACUGAGCGUCGGCGACGACGCAACAUCAGCGCCUGCGACCUGUGUCGUUCCCGGCGAAUCAAAUGUGACGGAUCAAGACCGAGAUGUUCGACUUGUUCUCAACGCAAUGCUGCCUGCGUUUAUCCCGAAGUAGUCGAGGCCCCCAAGUCAAGACUGGAGAUCGAGAUGUCAACGAUCCGGCAUAGACUAGACAGUAUCAUGAAACUUUUAUUUUCGGAAAACGCCCAUCGAAGUUUUCUAGCAGAUAUGGCUCCUGUCACUGUUCCUAUUUCAAGUUGGACUCGAGAACAAGAUGGGAGAACCGAUAUGCUCCCUGAGGAAGGACUCAAAUCUUCUUCAACUCCAUUCAUGGUGAUUCAAAACCCUGCUGUUAUGGACCUCCUUGGCCUCAAACAGGACCUAGCUCAACAAAUGGUCGAUGCCGAACGCGCGAUAGUCCCAAUGUUCUCUUCUUCAUCGAUUGAGGAAGGUGACCUGCACUUUAGCAAACUCGGCCCGAACAGCGCCCUCGAUGCCUUUUUCGAUAAAAUCUACAUCUGGUACCCUAUUCUCGGGUUUAAGCUUCGUGAGGAUUUACUCAAUGUCCAAAUUUCCCCAACAGUAGCCUCUGAGCGCUGCCUAUAUUUGAUAGUGGUGGCGAUAGGCUCACUGGCUCAAUAUGACUCGCUCCAAGAGGCGCUCAGGCAGAGACCCGAUGCUUUAUGGAUGGAAAAGGCGCUAGGUUUGCUGCCAACUGUUCUACUCGAAAGCAGUGUCAAAGCAUUGCAAUGUCUCAUAUUUCUGAGCAUCUACUAUCUGUGCCUGGUAAAGCCAUGUCAGGCGCAUGAUUACAUUCUGAUUGCGUCCAUCCGGGCACAGGACUUGCUGAAAAGAGGUAACCUCGACGCUGAGACCCAGGAGCUUGUCCGACGCGCAUUCUGGGCAAAUUUUUUGAUCGAAAGCGAGCUAUCAAUACAGCUAGAUCUGGCUUCCAGCGGGCUUUUGGUUCACGAGAGCGAAAUUCCCCUGCCUUCCUGGUCCCAAAUAGGGGAUGAGGGAACAUCUUCCCCAUCAGACUCGACAGAAGUCUCCCCUGCUCCUUCAUCCAGUACUCCUGAGUUUCCGAGUCGCCAUUUCACAUACUUACUGGCCGAGAUUUCCAUGCGACGAAUGCUUCAGCGCUGUACAAUAUCCACUCGCAAAUUGCCCUGUGGCAAGCGGAUUUUUGCUCCUGCUAUAGCGGCUGAGUUGGAGUUACAACUCGAACAGUGGCAUUCGUACUUACCUGAAUUCCUAAGUUUUGGCCUUGACUACGUCGCCGAUUGCACCUCCACGCCACAACUGCUGUUUCUUCAAACCCAAUAUCACGCGUACAGAGCGACUAUCUCCUGGCCAGCAGUAUACCAGGUCAUUGAAGAGGGACAGCUUGAUGACAUGCUACGACUAGGCUGCUUAGGAUUCUAUCGAUCCUACAGUCUCUUCAUUCUGAGUGCCGCAUCUUGCAUUCCACAAUGCCCUCCAAAUACAUGGACACUUUAUGCCAGUGUAUUUAUCAUCACAAUGGCCGCACUUCGAGGUACAGAAAGCCUGUCUCUGUCCUCUUUCAUAUCUCUGGAAGUUUUGAAGAGUUUUGAUAUCGCCUGUCAGCUCCUCGAGCAAACAGGGGAACUUGGACCAUCGCUGCAAAUGAUGCAGGGUAUCUUGACUGAGGCGCUAGCUAAUAUGUGGAGAAAUUGGCAUGCCUUAACUCGGCGAAUGUUGGAGCAGCAAUAG